AUGAACAUUUUAGUGGAAGAAAUAGAUAAGCCUUGCGAAACUAUAAACACAAAGACAUCAGAAUUUUCGCCUACUGACAAACCUCAAAUCCGACUCUACCAAAUAUGACCAGGAAAGAACAGAUUUUUCUUCAAUGGAUUCAUAAUGAUAGGGCCUUCCUCAGACACGUAUAUUUGUACUUUUACCUGGACCUUUGUGAUCCUUCUAGAACUUUCAUUCCAAUUAUUCAUUUCUCCUUAUUUAUGACUCGAGGUAACUCCUGCUCUUCCUAUCCUUUCUGGACAUCUGUUUGUGUGUUCCAUCAUCUUUAUGCUUCUUACAGCACUCACAGACCCUGGAAUCAUCCCUAGAAAGCACAUUUUUGAGCUGACUGGGACAAUCCCUGAAAUAUUCAGUACCGAAGGUCCUGAAAAGCGAAGGUUUUGCAAAACCUGCCAAAUUUAUAGACCGGAGAGAUGCAGUCAUUGUAAGGUAUGUGAUAAUUGUAUCGAAGUUUUUGAUCAUCACUGCCCUUUUGUCAGUGCCUGCAUAGGGAAAAAUAACUAUCGAUAUUUUAUUUGUAUGGUUGUUUUCCUUACUUUGCUGGGCGGUGUUGACAUUUCAGGAUUAAUCCUUUUUUUCUGUAGAGAUUUUCAAAAUUCUCAUAACGGAAGAGACUGUAAUAUUUUAUUUAGUAAUUGAAGAUGAAUCAAUAUUGCUAUCGCUAGCUCUUGUUAUAACGGUACCGAUUAUAUUACUUACUCUACUUGUAAUGCUAUUAUGCAUUUUCCAUGUAAGGAUCUGUAUGAGCGGAGAAACAACUAAAGAAAAUUUAUUAAAGCGGGAGAGAGGGGAAAGUGAUAAUAGAAGCGUAAUUUGUGCCACACCUAAUGCGUGGUUUAAUGGAAGAAUGAUAAUUGAUGCAGACAAAACCGGAGCUUGUAAGACUGAAAGCCUUGUUUAA